GCCGCGACCACCGCCCAACAGCCCCGAAAAGCCAGUGCCAUCGACGGCUGGAGAAUCUAGGGGCCCCCAAACCAUCUUCGCGGUCGACUCAAGCUACGUCAACAACUAUGGCGGGCGAGGGGCGGCGGGCGGAGCCGGUGAGGGAAGAAUGGGCAUGGUACGUCACGCCCAGGGCCCCGCUGCGGGAAAGAAGAUGCCGGCUCGCCCCUCAAAAUGGCGGCGGCAGUAAUGCGCCUGCGUACGGAACUCCGCCGUCGCGCCACGGCCGGCGGGAAGUGAGGUUCUCAGAAGAGCCGCCAGAAGUGUACGGUGACUUCGAGCCCCGGGUGGCCAAAGAAAAGUCCCCGGUGGGAAGACGAAUCCCGCUACGAGAGUUCCGGCCCGACUCUGGGAAAGAGGAAGUGAGAGAAAGCGCCUACUACCUUCGGUCUCGGCGGCGGACGCAGCUGCGACGUCUGGAAGCCGAGGAGAUGCAGACGCGAAGGGUUACUCGCCUACAGCAGCAGCACUCACUGCAGCCUCCGCUGCAGCCGUCUCCGGUUACGACCAGGAGAGGGAUACGGGACUCUCAUUCCUCUGAAGAGGAUGAACCAUCUUCAAAUACUGUUGUAAGCCAAACAGUCUCAAAGAAAACUAUCUGGAGAACACAAGAAACUCCAGUGAUGAGUGAAGAUCCUAUAAUCAACCUGUGUAGACCCCCUCUAAGAAGCUCAAGAUCUGAUUCGGCAUGCAAAACAAAUGGAAAUACUAAAACGACUGAAUUAGAUGCCACCAGUGUCCAACAGAAGGUCAACUUCUCUGAAGAAGGAGAAACUGAAGAUGAUGAUCGAGACAGCAGUGACAGUGUUAAGGUCAGAUCCGGGGAUUCUCUUAAUUUUGAAGAUCAAACCACCAGAUCAUCAAGUCAAUGUUCAGAAUCACGUUGGCAGUUAUCACAAAAUCGAGACUUCACAGCUCUUGAUAAGCAAUCUACAGUGCUAAGCUCGGGAUAUCAAAAAAACCCUCAGGAAUGGGUGGAACCAACCCCGAGAAUAAGGACAGGGAUGCAAACAUCAUCACCAGGCAGGAGUUCAAUAUAUGGCAGUUUUUCAGAUGAUGACAGCAAUCGGAAAUCAGAGCUUGGAAACUGGUCUCCAUCAACCUCCAGCCAACAAGUCACUAGACAACCCAAAAAUGCAUCUUUUGUCAAGAUGAAGUUGUAUUUGCCACUUGUUUUGAUAGCUGCUGUCGCCACUGGGAGCUUUUGGUUCACUCGUACUCCUGAGGUAGAAACCACUGCUGUUCAGGAGUUCCAGAACCAGAUGAAACAACUUAUGGAUAAGUACCAAGGUCAAGAUGAGAAGCUAUGGAAAAGGAGCCUAACAUUCCUGGAAAAACAUCUUAAUAGUUCCCAACCUCGGCCUCAGCCUGCUAUCUUGCUGCUCACUGCUGCCCGAGAUGCUGAAGAAGCACUCAGGUGUCUAAGUGAACAGAUCGCUGAUGCCUACUCUUCCUUCCGUAGUGUCCGUGCCAUCCGGAUUGAUGGGGCAGACAAAGCUACUCGAGACAGUGAUGCUGUCAAACUAGAGGUAGAUCGGGAACUGAGCGAUGGAUUCAGAAAUGGCCAGAAUGCAGCUGUGGUACACCGCUUCGAGUCACUGCCUGCAGGCUCCACUUUGAUCUUCUAUAAGUAUUGUGAUCAUGAAAAUGCAGCCUUCAAAGAUGUAGCCUUAGUCCUGACUGUGUUGUUGGAGGAGGAGACACUUGGAACCAGUCUAGGCCUAAAGGAAAUUGAAGAAAAAGUAAGGGAUUUCCUCAAAGUCAAGUUCACCAACUCGGACACACCCAACUCCUAUAAACAUAUGGAUCCAGACAAAUUGAGUGGGCUCUGGAGCCGUAUUUCUCACUUAGUCCUGCCUGUGCAGCCUGAAAAUGCCCUGGAAAGGGGCAACUGCUUAUAAGGAAUGAUACAAGAGAAAAUCAUGUCUCAAGUUCUGAGAAUUUUUCAGACUUUCUAACCAGAGACCAGAUUCAGAGCUCUUUUUGAAAGAAUUGGUUUCUUUUUAAAGGAAGUUAAGUUCUUAUGUAAACAUGGAACAUCUAAAUCAUAUAUUCAACCUAAUCUGUUACUUGAGAGAAUCAUUUCUCUAUUUCCAUGAGAUCUGUGUUAAUGGUGUCUGAGGACUAUGAAUUAUAUGCAGUCCCAUAGAGGAUCUAUUUAGAUUCUGUGCUGAAUCAUUGCUAUGAUAUGACCAGUGGGAGGGAGUAGGUCUCUUCCUAUGAAUCUUCCCAGUUUUUUAACUUAGAUUUUUCACCGAGUUUGUUGAGUCAUUAGUAGGACAGCUCCCUAAAUGCAACUGGUGGGUUUUCCCAUUUUGUUCUCUUUUAUAUCAUUUAGGUGUGAGUUCCUUAGUCAGCUUCUGCUUAUAGGAACGAAAGUAAUAAAAGGUCAUCUGAGUGUGUUUUUGGAUUUUUUUUCCUUUGUUUUUGGAAGGCAGGAGGAGGAAGCAAGGGAAAAGAGAGAAAUUUUGGAAUGGGGAAGGAAAGGGGAAGAAAAAAGUCUGCAAGAUGAAAUGUUAAAUUAAGCCACUGAGACUUAGUCAAACUUAGUUAUAUGAACUCCAUUCUCAGUGAAUUCUCUUGGGAUUUGUUUUUCACAUGUUUUUUUUCCCCUUUAAGAAAUUUUUGGUUCUCCUAAGGAUUUUGAAGCAUGUAUAUCAUGAAGUUUUGUAUAUUUGUCCAUUUGACUCUUAAGGGUAGAUAAAUUCAGAGCAGUUUAUUUUGGACAUAUCCUGAAGCUAUUGUUUUGAGUUAAGAUAUAUAAUUUCGGGAAUUGGUAAACCAUUUGUUAACCAGCUUUCUUGCACUAUUGAAGAAGGAUUUAAUUUUCUGCGUGUCCACUUGUAGUAGUCUAAGUCCUUGAAUGGCGCCCUUAUAACAAAUGUGAAGAUUUACUAUGUACCUGAUAGAUUUUAUUGAGUGCCUCAAGCCAAAAAGAAAGUAAACUUUAUACCGUAUAUGAAGAAUGUUAAAAUGUACUACUGUACAUUACUAUUAUAGUAUUUCAGUUGUAACUUUGCAUCUAUAACAGCUUUCUUAUCUAUCAACUGCUUUGGUUUCUUAGAAUCUUAAAAUUCUAGAUCCACCUUGUUUUCUUAUUGUCUACAAACCUUUAAAUGAAAAUACUGUUUUUAGAGUACUAGAGCGAGUCAUUGGCUUCAUCAUUUACCUUUUGAGGGUCCCAUGACUGGUAGUAGAGUCUGGUCUAGUUUCUUCCCACUAGGACUACCAGUAUUCAUAAAUUUAGACCCCUUAUUGUAAUUCCUUCCUGACCGUCAAAAGACAGGUCAUCUGAUUUAUAGAGGAUUCUAAAACAAAAGUUUUUAAGAAGGCUUAUUUUAUACAUAUAUAUUAUAUGGAGAAGCAAAUGUUUUUAUUAAAUGUUUCACUGACCAAAAUAAUUUUAAAGUAAUUAAUGUUACUUAUAUCUUUCAAGAAAAAUAAUUGUAGCAGCUGAUCUGUAAAUGACUUUAAAAGCUAUUUUAGUAAUUUAAAUAAAUUUACUUUCUUGGUUUGUA